CACAGACCAACUACGUUCUUCAUUACAGAAACCUAUUAGCCAAAGUUCACCCAUAAUAAACCUUGAGUAUACACGCGUCGAUUCCUGUGGACAGUCUUGAUAUUCUAAAGUUGACUUAUCAGCAUUUGCCAGGACAAGCAUCCUUAAGAGAACGAGCCAUCAACGCACUCUCAAUCCGCCUCCUUGUCCUUUGUUAAACGAAUCUAACUAUAUUCAAGAGGCGAUAUGGAGUAUACUCUUCAUCUCACAGCUGAGAGAUCAGUAGUGAGGGAGUCUUUAAAAGGUAUAAUAUGGACAAUAUUCUUUCAUCGACUUUUUGGGCCCAUCACACCAACAACGAACGAGUUUUUGAAUACAACAUAUCCAAUGGCAUCUAAUCUACCAGAUUUGGACUCUUUAAUAGACGAAAAAAUAUCCUAUUUGAUAAAAUACCAUUUUGAUAGGCCGAAUAUUAAGAUCAAUGAUCGAAGUAGUUUCAAAACUAAUAACGAAAAUCCUAAUAACGAAAUCAAAAUUCUGGAAGAUGAUCAGUCAAGCCUGUUACUGCCAAACACGAAGUCUAAUCUCAAUGCAGAAGAUUCAGAUACUUUUAAAUGGGGACAAAUAAUUAUAUAUUUUCUUGAUAAAAGUACUGCCAAAAUCAAGAAGAAAACUGGUUGGUUCGGUCAGGGUAAAAGUGAUAAUGAAGGUGAUUUGAGUCCAUGGGAGUCAUGGACAAUUAAUAUUAAGUGUCUACCCUUAGAUUCAGACCGUAAUACCUCAUCAACAAAAGAUAUAUCAAAUGUUUCUAGUAUGGUGGGAUUGAAUGAGUCAAAGGAUAACCUUGAAUUAUCUACUGAAAGCUUUGACGAAAAUAUGCAAUAUAUUGUUUAUAUUUCUGAUACUCAUAAAGAUCAUAUCCCUCCUAUAACAUCAUUAGAAAGUUCACCAUUUCCAUAUUCUAUAGAAAUCAAACCUGAUUCUUCUACUACAAAAGAUGAUGCUAGUUGGGGCCAAUACAUAAAGAAAAUUCUUGAUUAG